CUGAAGGUCCUCAGGUAAUAAACAAACGGGGGUCCUGUUUCUGGCGACAGUCGAGCACUCGAGGCGUCGCAUUGUUUUACAAACUGAGUGAAAUAAUCUGAAGCAGCAGCGACAUCUUCCUCCGUGUGGGUUCGAGGAAUGUAGAUUCAGUCGUACUUCAUCCAGCUGAGCCUUUAGUUCGGAGCCCGGACGUCGGAUCGUGUGUUUUAACCCGACAAGCUAACGUUAGCAACACAGGAGCUAACGAGCUGGGCCUCGAACCAACGUACUUCUGACAUUUAAGUGAAAUAAACAACAGGGAGGCGUGGAUGAGCAGCGAUGUCUGGCAUUGCUCUCAGUCGACUGUCCCAGGAGCGUAAAGCCUGGAGGAAAGACCACCCGUUUGGUUUCGUUGCUGUUCCCACUAAGAACCCGGACGGGACCAUGAAUCUGAUGAACUGGGAGUGUGCCAUUCCUGGGAAGAAAGGAACCCUGUGGGAGGGAGGACUCUACAAACUGCGAAUGCUCUUCAAAGAUGACUACCCGUCCUCACCACCCAAAUGCAAGUUUGAGCCACCAAUAUUCCACCCGAAUGUUUACCCCUCCGGCACCGUGUGUCUGUCCAUCCUGGAGGAGGACAAAGACUGGAGGCCAGCCAUCACCAUCAAACAGAUCCUGUUGGGGAUCCAGGAGCUGCUGAAUGAGCCGAACAUUCAAGACCCAGCACAAGCAGAAGCCUACACGAUCUACUGUCAGAACAGGAUGGACUAUGAGAAGCGGGUACGGGCACAGGCCAAGAAGUUUGCCCCCACAUAGAGUGGGGGGCUGGCCUCCAUCCUGCCAGAGCUGCCUGAGCUGAUGGUCACAAACAAACAGGAGGCAAGCGACACCUGAAGGACCACUCCAAUAAGAAUCCAGCUUUGAGUAUUAUCAUAUUAUUAUACUAUUACACAGAAGACAGCUUUCUUUCGUUCAUUCUCUCUUUUGUUCUUUUGUUCUCUCUUUUAAACAACAAUAGAUCAUACUUUUACCCAUCUCGCAGAAAUAUUUAUGCGUUUUAAUCCAUAGCUGAUGAUCCUGAACUCUAGAUCUCUGCUGUCAACGUGAACUUUACUAUUUGUUUACUUUUUUGUAUAAUUCACAUCAUCCCCCAGUUUUGUCCUGAGAACUUCAGAGCUCUCUCUCUUGCCUCCAUUAGGACGUCAGUCAUGGGGCCGUGCUGUAGAAGUACGAUUUCAUUUCAAAAAGCCUUCUCGGUGUAAUGUGGAGUCAGUUCUGGCUGAGAAAGAGUGUUUCUUUAACUUUUCAGUUGUUAAUAAAACCCCUGGGAAUUUAGCAGGUUGUGUUUCAUGAAUAUGGCAUUUAUUAAGUGCUCGACAUCCCUCCUCUCAUCCGAUCACAUCAGACUUUCCAUUAAAGUUGUUCAACGUUGAUUUCAAACAAAGCAGUAGCAGUUACGUGGGUAGGAAGUGGCGCUCGAAGGACGAACGGCAUAUGAUAACCUGGCUCUAUGGGGGGGUCAGGGCUUGUCUUGCUCCUAUGAGCUUCAGUCGUCAUGUUAUUGCAGUGAAACUAAGAGAAACUUAGGCUUAAGAUUCAUUUUGUGAAUCCAACAGGGGGUGAAACUGUUUGUCAGUUACAGCGAUGAGCCCGAGGUCACUCUGACCGCCAGUAAAAAUUAAUUAGAAUAGCUUCCCUAGUUUUCCCUAGUUUUCUUUUAUCCUGCAAAGCGUAGAAAAUUAAUGUCAACAUCAUAAAAUCCAGAAACGAGUCCAUCUACAAGUCAGUGUGGCCAAAGGAUCGUCAUCGGAACGGCCUCUGAAAUGAAAAGCAAAAGAAAGUGCACUUGGGAGUAAGCGAAGGCCUGAGAUUGUUUUUUCUUUUCUUUUUUUUUUUGCCUCUGAAUAUAUGAGUGCAUGUACAUAAUAUAAAUAAUGACAAAUUGUGGAAGUUAUGUUUUAUAUUGUUUUAGCCAGUUGACAUUUGUGUGUGGUAUUAGAACAAAAACACAAUAAAUGGCAUCAAAUUGUGAAAUAAAGUUGAAUAAAAGAACA